CGAUGCUGAACGACCUGCUGCGCUUCGAUGUGAAGGACUGCUCGUGGUGCAGGGCUUUUACCACGGGGACCCCGCCAGCACCGCGGUAUCACCACUCAGCUGUGGUCUAUGGGAGCAGCAUGUUUGUGUUUGGUGGCUAUACUGGAGACAUUUAUUCCAAUUCCAACCUGAAGAAUAAAAAUGAUCUCUUUGAAUAUAAGUUUGCAACUGGACAGUGGACAGAGUGGAAGACUGAAGGAAGGUUGCCAGUUGCGAGGUCAGCUCACGGUGCCACAGUGUACAGUGAUAAGCUGUGGAUCUUUGCAGGAUAUGAUGGCAAUGCAAGGUUAAAUGAUAUGUGGACAAUUGGCCUGCAAGACAGAGAGCUAACAUGCUGGGAAGAGAUUGAACAAAGUGGUGAAAUUCCUCCUUCAUGCUGUAAUUUUCCCGUGGCUGUUUGCAAAGACAAGAUGUUUGUUUUCUCUGGCCAGAGUGGAGCAAAGAUUACCAAUAAUCUCUUUCAGUUUGAAUUCAAGGAAAAGAUUUGGACACGAAUUCCUACCGAGCACUUGCUCCGAGGCUCCCCUCCUCCUCCCCAGCGAAGAUACGGCCACACGAUGGUUGCGUUCGACCGGCACCUCUACGUGUUCGGCGGUGCUGCCGAUAACACGCUGCCCAACGAGCUCCACUGCUACGACGUGGACUCCCAGACCUGGGAAGUUAUCCAGCCCAGCCCAGACAGUGAGCUACCCAGUGGGAGACUCUUCCAUGCUGCAGCUGUUAUCUCAGAUGCUAUGUACAUCUUUGGUGGCACAGUGGACAAUAAUAUUAGAAGUGGAGAAAUGUACCGGUUCCAGUUUUCUUGUUACCCUAAAUGCACUCUACAUGAAGAUUAUGGACGGCUGUGGGAAAACAGGCAGUUCAGUGACUUGGAGUUUGUUUUGGGAGAGAAGGAGGAACGAGUGCGAGGGCACACCGCGAUCGUUACAGCUCGCUGCAAGUGGCUGAAAAAGAAAAUCAUACAGGCAAGGGAGAGGUUGAAACAGAAAUCAAAGCAAGAUAUUGAAGAUGAGGGACAUGUGACAUGUCAGAAGGAUGGGAUUGGUGGGAAUGUCAAGUUGUGCCGCCUGCAGCCGCUGCUGGAAGUGCCCAUAAGAGAGGCUGAGGCUCAGCCCUUCGAGGUGCUCAUGCAGUUUCUGUAUACGGAUAAAAUAAAAUACCCUCGCAAAGGUCAUGUGCAGGAUGUGUUGCUUAUUAUGGACGUGUACAAACUAGCCUUAAACUUCAAGCUCUCUCGACUGGAACAGCUCUGCCUCCAAUAUAUCGAAGCAUCCGUAGAUCUGCAGAAUGUGCUCAUUGUGUGUGAAAAUGCUAACAAGCUUCAGCUGGAUCAGCUAAAGGAACAUUGCCUGAACUUUGUGGUGAAGGAAUCACAUUUUAAUCAGGUAAUAAUGAUGAAGGAGUUUGAGCAUCUUUCUUCAUCCCUCAUCGUGGAGAUCGUACGGAGAAAACAGCAGCCUCCUGUUCGAACACAUUCCGAUCAGCCACUUGACAUCGGAACGUCUUUAAUUCAGGACAUGAAGGCUUACCUAGAAGGUGCUGGCACUGAGUUCUGUGAUAUCAUCCUUCUCCUGGACGGCCACCCCCGACCAGCCCAUAAAGCCAUCCUUGCGGCGCGCUCCAGUUACUUUGAGGCCAUGUUCCGUUCCUUCAUGCCAGAAGAUGGGCAAGUGAAUAUUUCUAUAGGCGAAAUGGUUCCCAGCAAGCAAGCGUUUGAAUCGAUGCUUAGAUACAUUUAUUAUGGAGAAGUAAAUAUGCCUCCUGAAGACUCCCUCUACCUCUUCGCUGCACCUUACUAUUACGGCUUCUCCAACAACAGACUGCAAGCCUAUUGCAAGCAGAAUCUAGAGAUGAACGUCACAGUGGAGAACGUGCUCCAGAUUUUAGAGGCAGCUGACAAGACCCAGGCCCUGGACAUGAAGAGGCACUGCCUGCACAUCAUCGUGCACCAGUUCACCAAGGUCUCCAAGUUGCCAAAUCUCCGCUCCCUGAGUCAGCUGCUCCUCCUUGACAUCAUAGAGUCGUUAGCUAACCACAUCUCAGACAAGCAGUGCGCGGAGCUGGGCUCAGACAUAUGACACGCUUUGGUAACGGGAUGUCUUAUUUGUUCCUCAAAAAAAACUAGCACUUUAUGGCUUUCUUUUUUGCCAUUCCAUACGGAGCUGCUCAGUGUCUGUGGAACAGCGCAGGCUCCAGAGGAGCGUGGACGGCUGCCUGGCUCUCCCGUGGAUUUGCUUGGUUUGUACCUUUGUGGAGAAGGGCUUGGUCUCUGUUACGCAAAUGUAAAAUUGAAACUAUUGCAGGAAUGAAUUAAUUCCACGUGGUUUUGGGAGGAACUAAGUUCAGAAUCAAGCUCAUUGUUACUUUUAUACUGUAAAAUAAAGCAGUCAUGAGUAUAAGAGAGUCAUUAAUACUUUGAAACACAAUAUUUAAAGAAUACUAUUUAAAGAACUUCAGCUGACAGGGCCAGGGGCUCUAGGGGGAAGUCAGAUGUAACAGAACUGGAAACAGAGAGCGUGGUGUUGGCAGGGAGGCUGACUGUUGGACCGGAGUGUAGUGACUUUUCGGAGACUCUCCGUGGCGUGGAUUAAGAUAAGCCCUUUUGCAGCUGCCCAGAGGGCUGGGCUGCAGCUCAGACCUGUGCUCUGCCGCAGGGCAGGCCAGAAGAUUACAGCAGUCCUUUCUGAUCAUCAGAUUCAUUUAUCCUGUCUCACUAAGCCUUUCUAAGUCAAUUUAUUAAUAAAGAGUUAACAUCUUCUGCUGGCA